UCGGCGCGGUGCCAGCGUACGCUGAAAGUAAUGGUAGGCGUUGUGUUGUCUAAUACAGUCUGUACACGCUGCGUAGUGAAUAUUGUUUGAAUCAGAUUUGCGUUAACUUCAUGAGAUUAAGAAGCUUGACUGUACUUCCUGUUGGUUUGUGCGCCAAUUUUUCCGUUGACGUGUUUCUGAAGGUGCGAUAAUUCCAGACCAAUGUGAUGUGAAAUAUCAGAGUGAGACCACAGAACAUUACUCAUAAUAAGUUAUGCGAAAUGUCUUCAACAUAAAUAUAAAGAACAGUUAAUUAAGUGCUGGUAUUUAUCGUUCUACUCCACCAAGCCAGUACACUUGAUAACUGGCACCAUCGGCUCUGCUGGCCUAUACAGAAGAACGCUGCAGCGGAAACAAAACAAUGUCUCAGUGCGUGUAGGCGGAAAAUUCUUGCGUGAUAAACAUGGAAGAAGCGAAUCAGUGGGUGUUUGUAAGUUAUUUUACAGCCAUGUGAAACUGAAAACGCGGAUGACUGAAGUGUGACUCAUAGCCACUGUCUGUGGGGGAAUCAGAACGCAUUUGUGCGCACCAAGCAACGGCAAGGCGGCAUGUGGUUAGAUGGGGCAGAACAACUCUGUUAGUUGUUGUGCAGCGAUGCUUGUUACAGCUCUGUUGCUGUUUUCUCUGCGUUUCGUGUCCGGAUUUAGUUGUGUCUGCAGUCCGGCCGAGUGCGAGGAACUAAGUGAAGGUGACUGCCCCGGUGGGGGCACCGUCUGGGACCCAUGUGGGUGCUGCCGGGUUUGUGCCCGGGUUGAGAAUGAGCCGUGCGGCGGACCGUAUGGUUUCUAUGGCUCCUGUGCUGAGGGGCUGGAGUGUGUUGUAGCAGCUCAUGCGACGGGCAAACCCGUGUUGGCGGCCAACUCCGAGGGCAUUUGCACACGGAUUCCGGGCAGCGAGGUGCGCUGCGGCGACCCGGUCUGGGUGCUAGGUUGCAACAUGGUGGGACACCACUGCAAGUGUGCCGAGGUCCCUGUGUGUCCGGGCGAGGAGGGCCCCUUCAGCUUCACGAGUCGCGAAGAAUGCGAGAUGAAUCUUGCCGUCAUGUUGGCGCAUGAGCAAUCGGACGCACAACAGCAAGAUCCCGGUGCGAAGUGCAAUGGCACAGCUACCCUUUGCGGCGAGCUCCUCACUACCGAUGAGGCGGCAUGCCCGCCAGACUCCGUUCCCAGCGACCCGAGCGUGGCCGGGAGCCCGUGCGAGUGCGCGCCUGCGCGCUGCAGACAGCCCGUUUGCCGCUUCGGCUCUACCCGUGAACUGCGACGGACAGGCACGAAGCUUCCCGGAGAUUGCUGUGACGUGUACGAGUGCGUGCUGCCCAAAGAUAAAAAUUGCAGUGAUGUCAGGUGUCCGGAGGAAGGGGUCGACUGCCCCUCUGAUAGCUACCGUCUGCCGAAUCACCGUGCCCCUGGGGACUGCUGCUCCCACCCGCAGGGCUGUGAAUGUCUUCCAGGGCCAUGCCCAGAGCCAGACUGUGUUGAUGGCGAGCAUGCCAUAGUGGUACGUCAGGGCACCCAAAGGCCAGGCACCUGCUGUCCACUUUACAAGUGCAUGGAGCAUGAGCUGAAUGACACAUGCAUGCUGGAUGGAGUCAUGUGGAAGAACGGUUCAGUUUGGUGGAAGAAUGAGUGCACACAGUGCAGCUGUAACAAUGGGCUCAGCUUCUGUGCUGAGAGGCCUCUGCAGUGUCCUGAGCUGCCAGCGUCUUGCCGAGUGACUCGGGUUCCACAGGGCAAGUGCUGCCCUGUGUGUGUUGAAGCCGAUCCAGUGGCUGAGAACACCCUACUGCAGUCUGGUGGUUGUGUGUCAUCCACAGGAAAGCUGUAUCAGGAUGGUGGCGAGUGGCAGGAGGACCCCUGCACGACUUGCACAUGCAUCACAGGCAUGAAGAAGUGCCAGGCGCACAUGUGCGUGUUAAGGUGUGAUCAUGCACGCUAUGUCCCUGAUGAGUGCUGUCCUCUUUGUGAUGCGACAUCAGUGGUGACAAUUCCUCCACACUGUCCGGCACUCAGCAACUGUUCUCUGCGAUGCGUGCAUGGCUUCGUGAGGGACGAUGAUGGUUGCUAUACCUGCCAGUGUCAAGCCGAGGAAUGUGUCCUGGAGUGUCCAAGUGGCUACCUGCAAGACAGCCAUGGAAACAAGCUGUGUGAAUGUGUGGUGUCACAUGACUGUCCUGCACUCACAAGCUGUCACAAGAAUUGCUCUCAUGGUUUCCGGCUCAGCAAAGCAGGCUGCGAAGUUUGCAAAUGCAAGGAAUGUCGUCCUCUGAUGGAUUGCAACAAGAACUGCGUGCAUGGGCUGCGUACCAACGAUCGAGGCUGUCCAAUUUGCAAAUGUAAAGCAUCAGCAGAACACGUCCCUGACGUUACAAGAUACAACCAUGUCAUCACAGAAACAGCGUGCAUAUCAGCAGGUGGACAGCAUCACAGCAAUGGAGAAACUUGGUUUGAUGGUUGUCGGCAGUGUUACUGCCACGGCGGAGCAGAGAUGUGCAAUCUCAUCACAUGCCCAGCUCCACUCUGCAAGCAUCCUCUCUUCAAUGAGUCACAUGACUGCUGUCCACGCUGCUCAGAUGAGGGGCGCACCGAGCAUGAGGCCAAGAAACCACAGCAAGUGAUGGUGUGCCAUUCAGUGGAUGGUGUGUAUCGAGUAGAAGGGGAGACAUGGCCUCUAGAUGGCUGCACACAGUGUAUGUGUCACCUGGGACGCGUGCUGUGCGAGGCACAUCGCUGUCCACCCACACCCUGCCCCCAGCCCACCCACCAGCGUGGGCAGUGCUGCGCUAGAUGCCCUCAGCCCGCUGUGAUCCCAUACCCAUCACAUGCCAGAUCCUGUGGUGUGCACCGUCCACAUGGAACUGCCUGGAUAGAAGGUGGCUGUCGCAGUUGUGUGUGUGCGGACGGUCUUGUAACUUGCUUCAAGCAUCACUGCCCAAACCUUACCUGCAGCCGGCCGGUCCUUGCGAAGCAUCAGUGCUGCCCCAUGUGUCUGGAUCAGUCUCCACCGAGAACAUGCACAGCUGGAAAUGCCACGUACCAUGAGGGUGAAGAAUGGCAGGAAGAUGCAUGCACUCACUGUUGGUGCAGCCUUGGCCACAAGACGUGUACACAAAAAGUGUGUUCAGCUUCCUGCAAAAAUCCAGUUAAGAAGCCUGGAAAGUGCUGCCCUUUAUGUUCAGAGGCUGAUGGUACCAGUGGCCAUGCUGAUUUGGUGCCAUCAUCUUCCGGGAACUCGCCUGGGGUCUUCACAGAAUCCACCAUGUACAUCAUCAUCGUGGUGCUGCUGUUUGUCUGCAUUUGCUUGGCACUCUACAUCGGAUACCAAUGUUAUCGCCAAAGGCGACAACUCAGGCUAGACAGCAGCCCAAAAUCAUGUCCGAACCCCGCGUAUGAUGGCUAUGCGCACAGCAAUCCGUAUCCCCCACAGUACACAAGUGGCGAGCGCAAUCCAUUGAAAGUAAGCCCGUGUGAGUACAAAUUUGUUCCUAUGUUUGAGGAGUCCCAGCGGAUCGACAUGUUAAAGGCACCUUCAUUUGGGAAGUAGACAAAGCCAUAUUUGCAUGUGCAUAAAAACGGUUGAACCAUAAGCAAAAUAGUGUGAUAGGAUUACACGUUUGGCCACUUCGUGCCAAGCCAGGCUUACAGGUAAAUUUGUGUGAUGACUGGAGAGCAACUUAUGUGAAAGUUCUGGAGUUCUUGAAUUUUGACUCUAACCUUCCUUAAAGAGAGGGUUUUGUAAGUAAAAGAAAGUUAGUACCUUGUAUACAAAAAUGUGAUCUGUAUUUUUGUGGUAUGCACAUUAUGUUUUUUCAGUUCGUGACUAACAGCAUUUGGUUAUUCCGUAGUCAACGUUCGAGUCCAUGGAUAAACCAGAUAACCUAGUUCCUGUAUAAUAAGUGACUGUUGCAAGAGGGAGUUUGGGCUUAGUGGCCACAUGAGCAGUUUCAUCCCAGCAGGUACACAGUCCCUUAGUGAUGUCUAUAAGGUGCGAAUAUUUGUUCUUUCUCCGAACUACUACUUUUGACCAGAUGUUCUUCUGAGAUGUGAGGUCCAGAUGCUGUGUAGCCUGGUAGGUGGUAGCCAAUGUUCUGACAGGGGCCUCUAAUAUGUCCGAGACAUGACAUCCGCCAGACACUACAGUGUCACAUCCAGGGGUUAUAUUCUUUGGGGGUCACAGAUGACUCCGUAAAUAUUCAGGGUGUUGGAGAAGGGCUCACUGUGAACUGCAGGGUGUGAGGGUGUUAGUUCCUUGUGAUUGUAUUUGAUAAACAGAAUUGCAAUAACAUUCAUAGCUGGAAUUGGUUCCUUAGCUGUUCCCAUGGUCAACUUAACCUGAUACAGGUACAAAAAGUAUAAUGUGCUUGGUCUCCAAAUACUUUUAUGUGUAAUAAUAAUAAUAUUGAUGAUAAAGUGUAUAAUGUUGCAGUAAGAAGAAUGUUGUGUAAUAAUGUUAUAGAAGACCGAAUGACAUUUCUAAAUGUGAUCCACAUGAGAAUGGUUCAAAUUUUGACCUGGUACCCACUUUUCAAAAAGCUAAGGUGCCCAUAAGUGAAUGUGUCUACACUGCUGACACCUACAGUUGCAUGUUGUAAAGCUUUUGCCACCGAAAUGUGAUGGUUGUUAAGUAAGGGCUUCUCAGUGUUCACCUGAUCAACUGGCAUUUGUGGCCACAAGAGAAACGCCCAUUGUGUCUUGGAUGCUCUUGCAUGCAGCAUCAUAACCAGACUGUACUCUUUGAUAAGUCAUUAGGGAACUUCGGACCCCUUCUCUUCAGCAAAGAAUUUGAUUGCAAGCAUGGUAUAUCUUGAGGUGCUACCCAUCACAUGUGUAGGAGAACAUAUGUCAGUGCUGUGAUGCAGAGCUGCGUCACUUGUUUAUGCAGAACGGUGGGGAUAUCCAGCCAGGUUUGAACCAGCUCUGUAAAUGUAAGUGAAGUGGACUACUGGAUUCUAAAUUGACUGUACACACUAGUACAUAAAAUAGAAUUUUUAAUAUGUAUAGAAAAGUAGUAUCAGUGUCUGAUGAUGAAACUAUGUACCUUUUUUAUAUUAAAGUGAUUUAAUUCAUUUAUGAAAUUAAAACUUCCAAAAAAAGUUACUGUGCUAAUGUGUGUUCAGACACUGGUAGAAGAGUAAGUGUGUGCAAUUUGAAUAAAUAUGUUUUUACAUAGGAUGUUGAAUUCCUGUCUUACAUAAUAUAUGUGCAAGGCUUCCUGUUUGUUAACUUGUGCAAGGUCUGUGAUCAUAUAACCAAUUAUGUUGUAGGAAUUAUGUUGCAUGUUCCAAGAAAUUGUGCAGAAUGUUACUGAACAUGAAUUAGCCAUGUACACACAAUGUUUUGAACUAAGUCCUUGUCGUUAAUCAGCUCCCCCUCCUGUCUGCAAAGAAAUUUCAUGUAAUGUGUGCUACUCCUGCAGAAUGUCAUUGUACCACACUUUAAACUGGUAAGCCAAUCAGGUCUGAGGCUUGUAAUGACAUGAGAUGGAAAGAUAGUGAAAUUCUGGAUAUUAUGUUCUCUCUCUUUUAAUUCAUGAAUUAUGUAUGCACUUGAUAUGUAAGCAGUAAAUUAAUAUUUUAUGAUCAGUUUGAAAAGAUUAGAUUGGGAAUGUUUUUGAAGGUCGAGGAAAAAAGUAUUUAAGUUGCCAGUUUAUUACAGUUGUCAAUCUUGAGCCAUUAUAUUUGUAGUGGAAUCCUCUGUAAUCCAUUAGGUUGAAAUUUUGUUGUAAUGUGGAAUGAUUUAAUAGUAAUAUGUGAUUUUAAGAAAGUUUAAAAACUCCCAUAAUUUAGGAAUGUGAUGCGCAAGACAGUGCAUGACACAGUCUAUCAGAAUUCUGAUGUGACUUUGAAAUACAGUGAGGAACAUGCAGUACAAAUACUGGGAUGAUAGCUACCCUGCAGGUCAAGGCAGGAGGGUGUCUUCUGUGUGCUGUAACUUUUUUCAUAUCUCUGUGAUCAAAACAAAGAGUUUGUAUAAGGCAAAGAUUAUACAAAUUCAUUUCUGUUUGUGUUCCUGUGGUCUGCAAAUUGAGUGACAAUUUCAGGAAGGGAAUGUUUCCUUUCAUUACUGGUGGAAUAAAUGGUCACAGAUAAAAGUAGUUUCAAAUGUAUUGUUGGCUAGCAUGCAAGAAUGUUCAUUGUAGGUUGUCAUAUUUUAAGACUUUUUUGUGCACAUCCUUUUUCACCUCUUUCCAUCCCAUUAUGUCUGAGCCUUUCAGUCUGCCACCCAUCCCAAACUGCCUACACCUCAGACCCCUAUGACGGUCUUCUUUCUGUGUGACAUAUUUCCUGACCUGUUUCCCUCGUCUUGAUCUCGGUCUUCCUCUCAGGUGACUUUGUUCCACUCCAUGUCGACAUAUCUGUGAAGCCAAAUCUUGUACAGUAAUUCUCCACUACAUUUGUAAUUGGGUAAAAACAGCUGAGAUGAUGUACAGAGUAUAAGCGUUAGUUUCACUGAUGGUAGUGACCUCUUGUUACAUGAAAUGUGAAUUUGUGUCAUAAUCUGACAACUUCCAGUAUCUUUAUUGAUUAAUCACUGUAAGUGGUUAUUAAAACCAAUGCCACUGUGGUAGUUUGGGACCUGUGAAUAACCAGGUACUCUGAAAAUGUCAUAACUGUUCACAGAGUUGCAAUAAGUAAUACAGUGUCUUCUGUUAGGGACAAUAUUUUAUUGGAUUGCUCCUAUGUGUACGGAAACAUAUCAUAGAAAAUGUAUAACAUGUCACUCGAAUGAGAGACAUCAUAUACCAAAUUUUUAAGUAUUGUCUUUAUAGAGUUUUCCCACAAUGUAUUUUUCUGUUGAUUAGUUUAGAAAGUAACGUAUAUUUAUUUGUAUGUCUAUUUGCAUAUCUUUAUCUUGUAAUAAUUUAUGUGUAUUCCUAUUGAUUUGUUUAGCAGUGGAGAGGAGUGUGUACUUGAUAGUAUCACACCAACAAAUGAUCAUAUUUCACUCUAUAUAUAAAAAGAAAGAUAAGACACCUUUGUAACUCACAUUCCAAAAUAGACUGUCUCUGUAUGUUCACAAUGAAACAAUUACAGGGGAGGGUAUAAUACAGGUUAAUUUUGUAAUUUUUAUUUAUACUUUGAGAUUUUGUAUUACUACCUUCUGUUCUAUUAUGGUCCUCUCAUUUCUUUUUAGACAUUGACUGGAGUGGUGUUGACUUACGCAGUGGCAAUGUUGAAUAGAAACAUUAUUUCAGAGGAUGGCUUAGAAAGAUUGACUUGUGAAAAGGGACAUGAUACCACAGAUAACAGUUGUUUUUUUAUUGUUAGCACAGUUGAAAGAGAGCUUGCAGGUUAAGCAGAGAAGUUGUGCCAUUUUAACUCUGGAAUGUCACAUUCUGCAGUGUUAUUCCCUGUGUUUGUGAACUUCAAGACUCUGUCUAGUUUGUCUGGCUCUUAGGUGUCAUGUCUCAAUAUGUAGUUCUUAUGGCAAAGUACCAUAAUUGUAUUUACAUCACUGUGUUGAAUUUUUAGGUAGCAAGACUUGCUGAAGAAUUUGAGUAAUCUGUUAAAAAUUAUGAUGGUGAUUCAGUUACAAUUAAAAAUAAUACAAAAAUAAUGUAGUACCAAACUUCUUAAGUCAUCUUAUGGAGAAAUUUGUGAAUGCUCUCCCUGCUUCUGGAAUCUGUGUAAGAGUUGUUAAAUUUGAAUGUGUGAAAAUUGAAAGUUAAAUGUGAUACUUCCAAAACAAAAGUAAUGUGUUGAAGUGUAUAUAGAGUAUGUAUUGUAUGUGUGUAAUUAAUGAUUAAAAAGUGUCUAAUUUAUCA